AUGGCCUACGCCAGAAACCAGAGCGGUGCCUCUCCCACGUUCCUCCUCACGGGCAUCCCAGGGUGGGAGUGCCGAAGCGCCUGGCUCUCCAUCCCGUUCUGCUUCUUGUAUGCCGUUGCCCUCCUAGGAAACAGCGCCGUGGUCCUGGUGGUCGUGAAGGACCAGAGUCUCCACAAGCCCAUGUACCUUUUCCUCUCCAUGCUGGCAGCCAGUGAGCUGGGGGUGUCCCUCUCCACCCUCCCCACCGUGCUGAACGUCUUCCUCUUCUAUUCCAGGGAGAUACAGAUGGGUGCCUGUUUCGCCCAGAUGUUUUUCAUCCACUGCUUCUCCAUCAUGGACUCGGGAGUCCUCUGGGCCAUGGCCUUGGACCGCUUCGUAGCCAUCUACAACCCCCUCCAGUACGGCGCCAUCCUGACUGGCUCCAGGAUCACCAAGAUCGGCUUGGGGAUUGCUGCGAAGAGCGUCGUCCUCCUCCUCCCGUUGCCCGUCCUCUUGAGCAGGCUGCCCUUCUGCAAGUCCACCGUGCUCGCUCACCCCUACUGUUUGCACCCCAAUUUAAUCCGGCUCCCAUGCGCAGACACCCGAGUCAACAGCCUCUAUGGUCUCUUUGUCUUAAUCUGCACGUUCGGGCUUGAUUCCUUGUUCAUUAUCGUGUCCUACACGAUGAUAAUCAAGACAGUGCUGAGCAUCGCCUCCAAGGAAGGGCGCCUCAAGGCCCUGAACACCUGCGUCUCCCACAUCUGUGCCGUUGUGGUCUACUACACCCCAAUGAUUGGCCUGUCCAUGGUGUACAGGUUCGGCAAGCACGCGUCCCCUGUGUGGCACUCCCUCAUGGCCAACGUCUUCCUCCUCGUACCUCCAGUCCUGAAUCCCAUUAUUUACAGCAUCAAAACCAAGGAGAUUUUCAAGGCCUUUGGGAGGCUCUUCUUUCCAAAGAAGUUCUGA